CCAUUUAGAGCCGUAGCACCACCAGGCACGAACCCUAGGAAAUCUACCCAGAAAUUCCACCCGAAUCGGGGCUGUAUCGUAGGGAGUAGUCGUCGCUGGGAUCGGACCGGCCCGGAUCGGGGAGGAGCCGAGCUAAUCGUCUGCGGAAGGGUAAGGUUUGGCGUGCGGGAUUCUGAGCGGCGCGGGAAUCUACCAGAGGAGGUAGGCAUCUUAGAGUCGUAGGAAAGAGCAGAAGCCAGACCUGGACCAAACAAGAGGAGAAAUUUCGCGCAUAGAUCCAGGAGCAGAGCGACAGGACUCACACCAAGAACAGGACAAGAGCAGAAUAGCUAAAUACAAGAUGCCUGAAGUGAGGACUGCUACCAGGCCGGCCCUCGCCGACAUCUCUGGUGGUGGGUUCUUUAUCAGGAGGGUGGCACCGCCAGGAGCUGUGCUGGUGAAGGGUGCUGUCAAGCCGCUGGCUCGACAGGCCCGGACACCGUCCAGCAACAAGGAGAAUGUGCCACCAGUGGGGGCUUUGAGGACUGCCCCAAAGAGGAGGAGCCCCUUACCUGAUUGGUACCCAAGGACCCCACUCCGUGACAUCACAUCAAUCGUCAAGGCUCUUGAGAGGAGAAGUCGCCUACAGGAUGCUGCAGCUCGACAGCUGGUCCAGUGGACAGAAGAUUCUUCUGUGGAUCCAAUAACUCCAGUACAAGCAGAAAGCAUGCCAACAACUGACGAAACUCAAGCUAUUGCAACCCCUGCAACUUCUUUGGCCGAUGGCAAGCUGAAGACAUCUUCUCCAUCUGACUGCUCCUUGCAGGCCACUCCAUCCAAACCAAAUGAUCCAGCUCUCUCUGAUCUCAUGGAGAAGAAACUGUCCAGCUCGAUAGAGCAGAUCGAGAAGAUGGUGAGGCGAAACCUGAAGAAAACUUCAAAGGCCGCUCAGCCUUCCAAGAGGGUCGUCCAAAGGCGCAUCCUGAUGUCCAUGCGAUAAGCUGAGAAAGCUCUGCUCUGCAUGGUUUCCUACUGUCUGCAGCUUUCUUAGCCGCUAAUCCUAACUAUUUUUUUUGUCAGUCUAGCCUGCAUGGGGGGGUAGGGGUCUAGGAGUUCUCUGCUUGAGGACCUGGGGUACAGGGCUUUCCUAGCUCUCUGCUUGAGGGCAUAUAGCAUUAGGGUCGCUGCAGUUUCUCUACGUUUAUAGCUUCAACUGUGAAUAGCCUCUCUACGUUUUUGGGAUGGAACAUGAAUCACUGCUGUGCUAUAGCCUCUCUACACUUUGCCUGUGACAUUAGUAAUUCUUUUGUAUCAGCAAUGUACUUCAUGCAAUGAUAAAACCAAAUUACAUGACAGAUAUUGAUCCCAAGAAAAAAAUGGUGGACCCUUUACUUUGA